AUGGCAUCCCAAGCAUCUGAUCCACUGACUCAAAAUCCUUCGCUCGCGGAUGUUGUACACCCUGAUUUUCAUCAAGUGAAUUCUACGGUGGAGCUUUACAUUAAGAAUCAAUUGGGACUAAAACUGGAUACAGAUGAGCAAAUAUGCCGCCUUGCUUUGACACCUGCUGGAUGCCCGCUCGGCCCGAGACACUGUCCGUUGAGACACACCACACCCAGUCCGCUAAAUUUCGGUUCACAGGACGGUACUUCCGGGAACCCGGGUCGUGAUCGACUUGCCACCGUCUGCAAGCAUUGGUUGCGUGGACUUUGUAAAAAGGGAGAUGGAUGCGAGUUUUUGCAUGAAUACAACCUACGACGUAUGCCAGAAUGUUGGUGGUUCGCUCGGCAUGGAACAUGCACGGCUGGUGACGAAUGCCUAUACGCACAUCCAAAGGAACGAAAAAUUGAGUGCCCUGACUACCAACGAGGCUUUUGUAAGCUAGGACCGGAUUGUCCUCGAAAACAUGUCAGGCGUGUUGCGUGUCAGUUAUACUUAAGCGGAUUUUGCCCUGAUGGACCAGAAUGUAAACGUGGCCAUCCCAAACCUGGCAUUCCUCCUCCCGAAGCAUACAGACCCCCAUCUCCACCGUCUCAACGCGACCUAGGCCCUCCUCCGCCAGGGUGGGGACGUUUCACCGAACAUGGAGUGGGACCAAAUGGACCAGGUGGUAGCUUUGUUGUUGGCCAGAAUAACACAGGAUUUGUUCCCAGGCGUAAUUUGGACGACGUAUUAUGUUUCAAGUGUGGGCAAAAAGGUCACUACGCCAACACAUGUCGGAACAAGAACGUACCUGGAAAUCGUGGCGGACAGGAAAGAGGCACUUACCGACCGUAUUCUAACGAUGACAGUAAUGAAUAA